ACAGCAAAAUUAUAUUUCACUAUCAUACCCCUUUUCUCUUCAGGUGUUGCUUUGGCUAGCGGGGAGAACUGGAAAGUGAUGCGACGGUUUACAUUAUCCACAUUACGGGAUUAUGGAAUGGGCAAGAGGACCAUUGAAGACAAAAUCACAGAAGAGUGCAGUUUCUUAACAAAGACAAUGGAGACUUAUGCAGGAAAAGCCUUUGAUGUCACAACUAUUCUGAAUGCUGCUGUUUCCAACAUCAUAGUUUUUAUUCUCCUUGGGAAACGCUAUGAAUAUGAAGAUGCCACAUUUCUGCGACUACUGAAGAUAGUAAAUGAAAAUCUUCAGCUUUCGGGAAGCCCUGCUGCGUUGCUAUACAAUUUAUUUCCCAAGUUGGGGUUCCUUUUGGGUCUUGGUAGAAAAUUAUUGAAAAAUGAAAAAGAGUUCCAUGAUUUCAUACAGACCACCUUCAUAGAAUAUCUCCAAGAUCUUGAUGAAAAUGACCAGAGGAAUUUUAUUGAAUCAUUUCUUGUUCGGCAAAAACAGGAGAAUAUGAAGAUGACACAUGGUGGAUUUUUCCAUAAGGGAAAUCUUAUCGGUCUGGUAGAUGAUUUAUUUAGUGCUGGUACAGACACAACGGCAAAUACUCUGCGCUGGGCCAUACUCCUAAUGAUGAAAUACCCAGAUAUUCAGAGAAAGGUCCAAGAAGAAAUUGCAAGAGAGAUUGGUGAUACCCAGCCAAGGACAGACCACCGAGCCAAAAUGUCUUAUACUGAUGCCGUAAUUCAUGAAAUUCAAAGGUUUGGCGAUAUUGUUCCCACCAAUUUACCACAUGCAACUACCAUGGAUGUAACUUUCAAAGGCUUCUUCAUCCCCAAGGUGAUCAGUCUAAAUUUAAUGUAUUAUAUAGAGGCUAGUUUUUUGUGUACAAUGUGAUGGGAAUAAAAGCAGACCUUUCAUGAAUGGAAUUGGCUAAAUGAAAUUAUACGACCGGAGACUGUUAUAUUAUUAGAACAAUUUCCAUAGAUGCCUCUCUAAAUGCCAAUGGUAGGUGUUUUUCUUUAGCAUCUGGCAUUCCCAAA